GCCGGAAGUGGAGUGUGGAGUCGCGCGGCGUGCUGUCAGUCUCUGUAGCUGAGAACUCCUGCGGUCGUGGGACUCUACCAGGCAGCGCGGGCUUUCCCGGUCCCCUCGGGCUGCGCGACCCGGAGGGCACAAUGGACAAUGAGUUAAUUGACUACUUUAAGUCUCAGAUGAAAGAAGAUCCUGACAUGGCCUCAGCAGUAGCUGCCAUCCGGACUUUGCUGGAGUUCUUGAAGAGAGAUCAAGGGGGGACGAUCCAGGGCCUGCGAGCGAAUCUCACCUGUGCCAUAGAAACCCUGUGUGGUGUGGACUCCUCUGUGGCCGUGUCCUCCGGUGGGAAGCUCUUCCUGCGCUUCAUCAGCCUGACCUCUCUAGAAUAUUCGGAUUACUCUAAAUGUAAAAAGAUCAUGAUCGAGCGGGGAGAAAUUUUUCUCAGGAGAACAUCCCUAUCAAGAAAUAAAAUUGCAGAUCUGUGCCAUACUUUCAUCAAAGAUGGGGCGAGAAUAUUAACUCAUGCCUACUCCAGAGUGGUCCUGAGAGUUUUGGAGGCAGCAGUGGUGGCCAAGAAGCGUUUCAGUGUGUACAUCACAGAGUCACAGCCCGACUUAUCGGGUAAGAAAAUGGCCAGAGCUCUCUGCCACCUCAACGUCCCUGUCACUGUGGUCCUGGAUGCUGCUGUUGGCUAUAUCAUGGAGAAAGUGGAUCUUGUCAUAGUUGGUGCUGAAGGAGUUGUUGAAAACGGAGGGAUUAUCAACAAGAUUGGAACCAACCAGAUGGCCGUGUGUGCCAAAGCCCAGAACAAGCCUUUUUAUGUUGUUGCGGAAAGUUUCAAGUUUGUACGACUCUUCCCACUAAACCAGCAGGAUGUCCCAGAUAAGUUCAAGUAUAAGGCAGAUACUCUGAAGACUAUGCAGACCAAACAAGAUCUCAAAGAGGAGCACCCAUGGGUCGACUACACGUCCCCUUCCUUAAUAACACUGCUGUUUACAGACCUGGGGGUGCUGACGCCCUCAGCGGUCAGCGACGAGCUCAUCAAGCUGUAUCUGUAACCACCGGGUCCCUUCCUGCCGCCGCACAGCUGAUGUACCUGGGGCGGGGCAGCCAGGCGCCCCUGUGGAAACCAACAGCCACCCAGGACACAUAAGUGGUGCCUUAGGAGAAAGACUGGAAACCCAGACUGAAGUCACAUCAGACUUCCAGUAGUGACCUCAAGCCCAGGGCUGCCAUCCCAACAUCAGUAUUGGGACAGACGGGAAGGAAACCAAGAGAACCCAAGGAAGGUAGAAACAACAUUUAGCAGGAGCAGCCUCCGUGGCUCAACACAUACGAAGACCUUCCAGAACAGCUGUAAACUGAAAGUCUGUAUCUGUGGAAGAUGUGAAUUACCUUUAAAACAUGUUUGCUCCUGAACAGCUUUUUAAAAAAUUGUACCUGGGGACAAAUCCAGCAUCUUCUCAAAUAAAUUACACGCAAGAUUUUUCUA